AUGAGGCUUCUACACAACAGCCUGUUCUUAGUAAUCAUUUGCACUGCUACAGCAACAUUGUUACCGGAACCACGAGCUGGUGCCUCGACAACUGCUCUCCUCGAAGAUCUUCCAAAGUGCUCAUUGCCGUGUUUCAAUGGUCUAUUACAAACAGCAAGAUGUGGCAGCAAGUCAUUCGGAGGAUGCGUGUGUUCGGACAUGCGGCUUCAAUCGCAAGUUUCAACAUGCGUACAAACGUCCUGCAUAUUCGAAGAACAAGUCCUAACCUCUCGCAUAUCGCAAGAGUUUUGUCACGGCUAUCCGAUCCCUGAGCACCGUCGAAAUGUCUGCCGAGUGUUCCUCGUCGUUUUGCCAGCAAUAACGGCUAUUGUUGUCGUUUUGAGAUUCAUAUCAAGGAGGAUAGGCAGGAUCCAGCUUUGGUGGGAUGAUUGGACAGCACUGAUUGCUUUGCUUUCCUUAAUAAUAACGCUGGGAUGCGCUGUCGCAAGUGUCGAACUCGGCUUUGGCCUUCACUUCUGGCACGUGAAACCUGGAAAUUCAAAGCCUAUCCUUCAACUUUUCUACAUAAUGCAGAUAUUCUAUCUCGUAAAGCACAUCGCUGCCAAAAUUUCCAUCUGCGCCAUGUACCUACGGAUCCUCGUCGACCGCUGGUCUCGGAUAGCGGUUAUUGGCCUCAUUGCGUCCCUUAUAGUUCAGACAAUUUUGUUUUUCUUCCUGGUGGCGUUCCAAUGCACACCGGUUCAGUCGAUAUGGGAUCGGUCCGUUCCCGGUUUCUGUCUCAACAUCCAAGCCAUCAGCUAUGCAGGGGCAGCUUUCACGAUCACUUAUGACUGCAUCUUCAUAGUCUUGCCAUUGCCUCAGCUCUUGAAACUGAAUAUACCCAUGCGCAAGAAAUUAGCUCUGGCUUUGUUACUGACGUUGGGCUCAGUCCUUCCUGCACUGCGGCCACUACUCAGCAAAGUUAAAGAAACAAUGAGAUCGUAUGCUCAUCGGGGGCACAAGAGAUCUGCUGCAGAGUGUGAGGAUGUUGCAGAGUGCGAGGACCAGACCAAGUUGAGCGAUCUCGGUCAAUACCAGGCAUCAGACAAGUCCUAUGUCUUGCCAGAUUCUCCAAGAAGACUGGAUGAGCCACGCCAGAGACAUCUUACCGCGGAUGCCAAUAAUUCGCUUCUCCUACAGAAAAUGCAACUUUUCCUACGUGCUACGGUCAACUUGCAACGUAGCCAGGAGCUUACGUUUAGCUAUCCUACCCUGCUGAGUGAAAUGGUUCGCAGGAUGUCAAACUGA